AUGUCAACUAUUGAAAAUACAAAUGCAGCUGCUGAUGCUGAAAAGAGCAAAAGCGCAUUAAAGAAGGAACAAAAGAAGGCUGAAAAGGAUGCUAAAAAGGCAGCUUUCAAGGCAGAAAAACAAGUUCAACCACAAGCCAAAAAGGUUGAAAAGGUUGAAGAGGAUGACAGUGCCACCAGUGGUGACAACUUUGGUAAGGCUCCAUUGGUUCAAUCACAAACACGUGAAGGAAAGGUAUUCACUCGUGUUGAAGACUUGACUAUCGAAAAGGACACUCAAAAGGUUUUAAUUAGAGCUCGUGUACACGGAUCACGUCUCCAAGGUGCCAACUUGUGUUUCUUGACCCUCAGAGACACCCUCUUUACCGUUCAAGGUGUUUUGGCCAAGAAUGCUUCAAACUCCAAGUCUAUGGUCAAGUUUGCUGGUUCCAUCACCAAGGAAUCCAUCGUCGAUGUCCAAGGUACCAUCUCCAAGGUACCAAAGCCAAUCGAAUCUUGCUCUCAAAAGGAUGUCGAAUUACAUAUCACCUCUAUUUUCGUAGUCUCUGAAGCUCACAUUAUUCCAUUACAACUUGAAGAUCUUUCAAGACCAAUUCAUAUUCUUGAAGAACAAGACAAGGUAAUUGCAAAAUUAUCAGAAGAAUUAAAGAAUACAAGUCUUAAUGAAAAACAAAAGGAAGAAUUGGAAAAGAAGAAAUCAGAAGCUUCAAAGUAUGUCGAAGUAUCACAAGACAAGAGAUUAGACAAUAGAGUAUUGGAUCUUAGAGUACCAGCCCACCAAGCCAUCUUUAAGCUUCAAUCGGCCGUUGGUUUAUUGUUCCGUGAAUAUUUGGUUGGACGUGACUUUGUUGAAAUCCAUUCACCAAAGAUGAUUAGCUCUGCUUCAGAGUCUGGUGCAUCUGUAUUCAAGUUGGGCUACUUUGACACUCACGCCUUCCUCGCCCAAUCCCCACAAUUCUACAAGCAAAUGGCUAUCUGUGCCGAUAUGGAGCGUGUCUUUGAAAUUGGUCCAGUUUUCCGUGCUGAAAACUCAUUCACCCAUCGUCAUUUGACCGAGUUUGUAGGUUUGGAUAUUGAAAUGACUUUCCGUGAACACUAUCACGAAGUUUUGGACGAACUCGACAAUUUGAUGACCUCGAUCUUUGAAGGUUUAGAGACCCGUUUCAAAAAGGAGAUUGACAUUAUCUCUCAACAAUAUGGUUAUGAACCAUUCAAGUGGACUCGUCCAUCCCCACGUUUCACUUUUGACCAAGCUGCUGCUUUCCUCAAGGAGAUUGGAGAAGAAGUCGUAGAUAACGACAUCAACACCUCUCAAGAGAAGCGUCUUGGCAAGAUCAUCAAGGAAAAGUAUGGCGUCGAUUUUUACAUUAUCGACAAGUUUUACCGUACCGCUCGUCCAUUCUACACAAUGCCAGAUCCAAACAAUGUCUUGUUGGCCAAUGCCUACGAUCUCUUUAUGCGUGGUGAAGAAAUCUGCUCUGGUGCUCAACGUAUCCAUGAUGCUGUCAUGUUGGAGGAAUCUGCCAAGAAUCACGGUAUCAACAUUCAAUCAAUCCAAGCCUAUAUCGAUGCUUUCAAGUUUGGUGCAUCUCCACAUGCUGGUGGUGGUGUUGGUCUUGAACGUGUUGUCAUGCUUUACAUGGGUCUUGGUAACAUUAGAAAGACUUCCUUAUUCCCAAGAGAUCCACGUCGUAUCGAACCAUAA